CGCUCUUUCUGGCACAGUGCCUAUGGGGGCGCACAAUCAUUCUUGGAGAGAAAUGUCCACCAAGAAUAGACCUAACUUAGUUACUAGACCUUGGUCAGACUCAGGGCUGGUCUGGAUCAAACUCUGGAUCUUUUUUUUUUUUUUUUUUUACUGCACAGUGCCAUGUCAGAAAGUCACACCCAUAGACGUUGGCUCGCAUACCAUAAUGUAAACUUCACAUUGUGUAGGAUUGCAGAAUGGACGAGUCGCCAGCCACCACCUCGACCUCCUGAACCCACAAUUCACUGCAGUCUAGCGGUUGCCAUGGAGAAAGCUGACAAGUGAAGGAGGAGGGGACGGGGAGGAAAGCACGGCUGGCAACACCCACUUCAACCCAUGUCCGCAGCGCCAGCAGAAAUAAAAAAAAAUGAUACAAACCCUAUUUUUUGACCGAACUUACGUCUGCUGCGUUUGAUUCGCACUAAUGUCAAUUUUAUGCAGAGCCAUUCUGUUGGAUCUGGCCAAGAAUAAGCAAUUACCGGAUUUGGAUUUCCGAACGCUAGCUAGCUAAGUGGUCAGCUUAGGGAGUGUUUUGGAAACAUAGGCUAGGCUUGUGUGUGUGGGAGGAGGAGGCGCACACCCGAAUCCCCCGUGGUCAUUUUAAAACCAUUGCCGGCGAAAAAUACGUAUCGGACAUGGAUCAUUCACGGAUAUCCUUAACAGAUUUUUAAGCAAUCGAACCGCAUCAUCCAUAAUUCCAGAAUGCCUAAUCGACGAUGCUAUGAAAGUCCCGACAGAGCCUGAUUAGGGCCUGCUUUUUCGAUCUGGAAAUUUCUUGAGAAGCUAUUCGUUUUUCCCCGGGCCAGCUAGCCAGUCAGCUAGCACAGGUUUUACAUAGCGUUUUCGCUGCAUCCCUGGCUAUCACCGUUAGCAGAAUGAUGCGGACUUUAUGGAUGCUUUGAGUUUUGCAAGACCGGUUUGGUGUCUAGAUAUCCGCUUUGUACCAUAUCAAACAAAGUCAUUUGUACCUGGGAACAUUUUUUUAUGGACCUGUCUAUUGGCUAGUCGAGGCGCACGGUAAAAUGUUGAGUUUGAGACGGUUGUUGCGGUUAUCAAACCGCUCUUUUUUGGCCUUCAUAUUUUUCUUUUCUAUGUCUACGACCUGCUUGUACUUCAUCUAUGUGGCCCCUGGUAUAGCCAACACAUACUUCUUCAUGGUGCAGGCCCAGGGGAUCAUGCUGAAGAACAACGUGCGGACGAUUGGCCAAAUGAUCCGCCUCUACACCAAUAAGAACAGCACACUCAACGGCACAGAUUACCCCGAUGGGAACAACUCGAGCGAGUAUGUAGUCCAGCCAACCACGUACCUCCCUGAGAACUUCACCUACUCGGUCAACGUGGCCUGCCCCGAACGCCUGCCCUCUAUGAAGGGCCCCAUGGAUGUGAACAUGACAGAGUUUCCCCUGGAGGAGCUGGAGCUGAAGUUCAAGCAGCUGGGAAUCCAAUAUGGAGGCCACUGGAGACCCACCGACUGCCAACCGCGCUGGAAGGUGGCGGUUCUCAUUCCCUUCAGAAAUCGUCUUGAGCACCUGCCCAUCCUGCUUCUGCACCUAACCCCCAUGCUCCAGCACCAGAGACUGCAGUUCUCAUUCUACGUCAUCGAGCAGACGGGCACGCAGCCCUUCAACCGCGCCAUGCUGUUCAACGUGGGCUUCAAGGAGGCCAUGAAGGACCUGGAUUGGGACUGCCUCGUCUUCCACGACGUCGACCACAUCCCCGAGAACGACCGCAACUACUACGGCUGCACCAACAUGCCGCGACACUUUGCUGCUAAGCUGGACAAGUACAUGUACCUGUUGCCCUAUAGUGAGUUCUUUGGGGGCGUCAGUGGGCUGACGGUGGAGCAGUUCCAGAAGAUCAACGGCUUUCCCAAUGCCUUCUGGGGCUGGGGAGGAGAGGAUGAUGACCUGUGGAACAGGGUGCACUUUGCUGGCUACAAUGUGACGAGACCCGAGGGGGAGAUUGGCAAAUACAAGUCCAUCCCACACCACCACCGAGGAGAGGUGCAGUUCUUGGGCAGGUAUAAGUUGCUGCGCUACUCAAAGGAGCGGCAGCACCUGGAUGGCCUGAACAACCUGAACUACACGCCCGAGGUCUCCCUCUCCAGCUUCUACAAGAACAUCAGCGUCAACCUGCACCCUGAGCUGGCUCCCAUUGCAGACUACUGAACACACACACACACACUGGCUUACUCAUGUUUCGUGUACGUGCGUCCGUGUUUGUGUGUGUGUGUGUGCGUCUGGGAGGGUGUGUGUAAAUGUUUGUAUGUGUGCGUGGGGGGUGGGGGCUACAGUGUGUGUGUU